AUGGAAAUUGAACAACUGAAUUAUGAUACAGGGCCGGCUCUAAAAGCGAUCCUUGGCUCAGAGCAUUCGCUUUCGGAAAUAGACCAACUGAUACAAGCUACAAAAUGUAUGAAAUUGCAGCUUGAGGAGGACAUCAUUGCAAGCACACAGGCAAGUGAUGUCGGACGCAAAGAUGGUCAGCUAUCCAGUCUCAAAUCCACGUUCGAGAAGCUAAUGGGAAACGUUGACGGCAUCACAAGUUUGUCCAAAGAGACGGAAACCACGAUAUCGCGAUUAACCAAAGACAUAUCGUAUUUGGACAAUGCCAAGCGCAACCUGUCUCAGUCCAUGACUUUCUUCCAAAAUUUGCAGCUCAUUACGGAAGCAUAUUUCGAGUGCCGUGAUUUGCUGGCAUGUAACGAGUUCAAAGAAAUGAAAGCUCCUUAUAGCCUCAUGAGUGGCCUCAUGGAGUAUUUCCAAGAUUACAAGUCCGUCGAGGAAAUUGGUAAGCUCAUGGCCAAGAUUUCGCGUCUUCAGACGGAGACUCUUACUAGGAUCAAAAAAAGCUACGAAACUCUUAUCGGGUCUCGUUCUAUCCCAGAAAAACGCUUUGAUGAAAGCAUGCUUCGAGAUGGUGCCUGUGAAUUAUUGGAGACGAGUUCCAGCGCUAAGGCCGAACUUAUAGACUGGAGUAUCAGCAAGCUUCUGUAUGAGGUCACAGAAAUUUUCCAUGUUGACGACGAAGCAGGCUCGCUGGAAAAUUUAUCGACACGGUACGUUUACUUCAAAAAAGUUUUGAACAGCUUUAAUGCAGAUCUGGCCAACUUUUUCCCAAAAGCUUGGGAAAUGCCUUGGAGGCUAACCUCUCGCUUUUACACAGUAACGAAAAAGGAUCUUGAAAUCUUGCUGGGUCGUGAACUCAAGCAAAGUCCUUCCAUCGAUCUUUUCAUGGGUUCGCUACAGACAACGUUGGAUUUUGAAAAAUACAUUGACGUCAAGAUAUCCAACCGAGCUUACAAUGCCUCUAAGUUAGACAAGAUUUCUUCGUCCUUUGAGCCUUACCUCGUGCUUUGGAUACAGCACCAAGAGAGCAUGAUGAACUCCAAGAUUCUCAAUUAUAUGGCUGAAGAUAAACUGGUGCAAUCUUCGGAGUCACUGGUUAUACCCUCCAGCGCGGACCUGUUCAGAACUUACAGGUCUCUUUUGUCGCAAACUUUGGACUUGAUUCAGGCUGGUCCUGGAAGGGACAGGAUGUUAAUUGAACUGGCUACUUUUUUUGACUCUUGGCUCAAGACUUACUCCUCAAAGAUUCUUAACCCACUUUUGAUUUCCACCGAUACCAAGAUCGAAAAUAAAGAAGAAUCGAUUCUUUAUACACUUUUAGUGCUAAACACAGCGGACUAUUGCUCAACCACCAUACGACAACUUGAAGAAAAAUUGGCAGAAUAUCUAUCGGCUGAGAAGGAUCUGGUACCUAUAUUUGAUAAGGUACAGAUGCAAUAUGGGGGGCUGAUAGCGGGCGCUAUGGAUGUGCUGGUGAAUUCGCUCGUUGCUCCCGAUUUGGCUUUUGCAUGGAGAGAAUUUGACAACACAGAUUGGAGGACCGUUGCGGUGGAGGACUAUAGUAGGUAUACAGUGACGUUGAGGGGAAUUAUCAGAGAUGAACAGUCUAUCAUCAAGAAAAUUACGUCCAAGUUCAACCGAGAGAUGUACAGCUGGAAUUUUAUGGAUCGCGUUAUUGAGUUAAUUUCAAGCGGCUUUCUUAAUUGCAUAAUUCGACUAUUGAGGCCGAAACCUCCUCUCGCAAACUUGAGCAUCAAGCGGAACUUUCAGGCUUCGCAAGUCGUUGUUAUUGGAGAGCAAUUGCAGCUUGACGCCGAAUGUUUGAAGGAAGCGCUGAAUUUUUGGGCGGAUGAUUCAACAGAUUUGAUAAAUGGCAGUAAUACCUCCUCAAAAAGAAUAAAAAAGCAUAUAGAUCAAAACAUGGAGGAUACUAUCAUAUUAUUGAAACUACUAAUUGUACCACUUGACGACCCUGAGACGUAUCAAGAAAACUAUGCUGCCAUCACUAACCACAAUGUGAACAUAGUAUCCUGGUCAUUCGUAUUAGCGUUAAAGUGUCUUCCUUGGGAUCUUGCUGAAUGGAAACGAUUGUACCGAAUUUUUCAAGCCUCCUCCCAGUCUGGUAAACUUGAAAUUUUGCCCGCCUUAGCAAAAUGCAAGCCCUUACUUAACCAAUUCGAAUAUGACUUUACGCAUGUCGCCGAUAACACAUGGCAGAAAUUUGUUCGAGAUGAGCUAGGCAUUCGGCUUAUGCAAAUGCCCUAUAAUCCCAAAGCGGGAUCAGGCUCCUCCAUGGCCCGGGUGCCAUCCGGCAAGAUAAACGGUAACAUCAAAAGUUUAAUGUCAAAUACAGGAUUUUUCAACAGAGGUGGUUAG